AUGGACCAACUCUGGCGAGGUUACUACCCAUACCCGCAUCCCGGUCUCGCCGGCGUUCCCACACAUUCGCACGCGGUUUUCCCAAUCGACAACAGUCAUACCGGUGUAAAUCAGCUCGGCGGCGUGUUCGUCAAUGGUCGCCCACUACCCGAUCAUAUUCGAUCGCGAAUCGUCGACAUGGCUCAUCAGGGAGUCCGACCAUGCGAUAUUUCGAGGCAGCUAAGAGUCAGCCAUGGGUGUGUUUCGAAGAUUCUCGGCCGCUACUACGAGACGGGAUCGGUGCGACCCGGUGUCAUCGGCGGAUCGAAACCAAAAGUGGCGACGCCGAGAGUCGUCGGAUGCAUUGCCGCUUAUAAGCGAGCGAAUCCCACAAUGUUCGCAUGGGAGAUUAGGGAGAAGCUUCUACAGGAUCGUGUCUGCGAUCCGGACAAUGUCCCAUCGGUUUCCUCGAUUAAUAGGAUCGUCAGGAAUAAGGCUUUCAUGGCUCAAACGGGGACUGGAAGUGGCGGACCAAUGAAAUCAUCAUCAAAUCCGCAGAACUCUAGCAUGCAGGCCUCGUCUGCUCAAGGAUUCGCCGCCAACACUCCCUACUCGAUCAACGACCUUCUCGGCUUCGAAGCCAAACUCCAAAAAGAAUGGUCCCAUAUGCCGGGAGCCUCAUCCUCAUCGAGCUCGAGCUCAACACCGUCCGAAGACAAAAUGCCGUCACACGUGACGUCCGCCGACAUGUCGCUGGUUUAUCCAGCGAAUCCCGAUGAUUGGAUAAUGCGGACGCCGCUCGGCAUUCUGCCGCAACCCUACACCGGCCAACUGUGA